AUGUGCAGCCAAGAUCAAGCAAAAGAUCUUAAUCCAAACAUCAUCGAGUCCAUGAAAAAUAGUGAUAUUUACAAGUCUUCAUCCAGAUUCUUUUACGACUUUGGCUGGGAUAUUCUUCCACUAACUGUUUUAAGGAGUUUCUUUAAAUCCUGUAUAAAGCUAGCGGAAGAUAAAGAGCAACCAGCCAUUCAGAUCACAUUUCAGUGUCUAGUAGCAGAUCAAGAAGGUCGUAGAACUGCAUGGAAAUCUACUGAAUACAUCGGCAGGAUGGACGCUAUCAAGGUAGCGUUUGACAAAAAUGAUGCGGUGCUGAAAGAAGAUAGGUCCGUAUAUCGGUAUUGUCACUGUUUUUAUGCCCGAUAUUAUUCUAACAUACCAACAAAUACACCAUAUCCUGAUCUUCUAGAAGAUAAUCUUACGCCUUUACCUGAAAACAACGAUCGAAGCCCAAUGGAGAAUGCUGACGAGGCACUUAUUUUAAUCCAACGUGCACAUUUGAACAAGAAACGUGCAAGUAAAGUAUUUCAUUCAGAUAAAGGAAAGUACGAGGAUUACAUGAACUGUGCAAAGUCAUUUUACAACCAAGCUUUGUCGACAUCUCAAGAGUUGUUGGGCAAUCAUGAAUUAACGUGUAAAUGUCAUAAAUUCUUAGGAGACUUAUACUUACUCUGGCGGAAGAACGAAGAGGCAAUUGGGUAUUAUUCCGAUGCCAUAAAACUGAGCAAGAAACUACAACUUGAUUCCAACGAGGCUUUUGUAUACUUGCUCAAGAAUGAUGGGUUAUGCUUGUCUUUUCUUCGUCGCUUUGAUGAAUCGGUGGAAAUAUUAAACGAAGCACGUGACAUAGCUGACAAACUCGCUCAGAAGCACUCCCCUUGUAGAGCCAGUGUGUAUUAUGUGUUAGCAGGAACGUAUCGUGCCUGGAAACCUGAUUGCAAAGAAGCCGCGAAAUAUGCUAAUACAGCAAUCGAGAUGCGAGAAUGGUUGGACUCGCGUAGCGUAAAAACAAUGGAAGACAUUAUUAAAACAGCAGAAGGACACAUGGAGUGA